AUGACUUUCUUCGAUGAUUACACGCAAUCCCUUUCUCUCUCUCUCUCUCUCUCUCUCUCUCUCUCUCUCUCUCUCUCUCGUUUCGUCAUUAAUUCAAUGCAGUUAAGAGAAACGAAUUCCCCAAAAUCUAUCUAUCUAUCUAUCUAUCUAUCUAUCUAUCUAUCUAUCUCAAGUCUUUUCAUAUCUAUCUAUCUAUCUAUCUAUCUAUCUAUCUAUCUAUCUAUCUAUCUAUCUAUCUAUCUAUCUCAAGUCUUUUCAUAUCUAUCUAUCUAUCUAUCUAUCUAUCUAUCUAUCUAUCUAUCUAUCUCAGUCUGUUUAGAUCUAUCUAUCUAUCUAUCUAUCUCAAGUCUGUUUAGAUCUAUCUAUCUAUCUAUCUAUCUAUCUAUCUAUCUAUCUAUCUAUCUAUCUAUCUAUCUAGAGUCUUUUCAGAUCUAUCUAUCUAUCUAUCUAUCUAUCUCAGUCUGUUUAGAUCUAUCUAUCUAUCUAUCUAUCUAUCUAUCUAUCUAUCUAUCUAUCUAUCUAUCUAUCUAUCUCAAUAUUAUUUCCCGAACAAUCUAUCUAUCUAUCUAUCUAUCUAUCGCAGUCUGUCCAUUAUCUAUCUACCCCAGUCUGUUUAUUACCUAUCUACCCAAGUCAGUCCAUUAUCUAUCUAUCUAUCUAUCUAUCUAUCUAUCUAUCUUAGUCUGUCCAUUAUCUAUCUACCCCAGUCUGUUCAUUAUCUAUCUAUCUAUCUAUCUAUCUAUCUAUCUAUCUAUCUAUCUAUCUAUCUAUCUAUCUAUGUAUUCAUGUCUGUCUCUUCUAUGCCUGAAAAGGGGACCCUUACACUCUUCCUCUCUCUUCCUCGACCUCUAUCUGAGUCCUGCCUCUCUUUCUCUCUUUUUCUUAAACUCUACCGCAGUACCUCCCCCUCUUUUUUCCUCAAUCUCUAUUUUCUGUUCCUUUGCCUUCAUUUUAAACUCUAUCACACAACCUUCUUCUCUUUCUUUUUCUGAAAAUCUAAUAUUUUCCGGGUUUUUUUCAACCUCUAUUUGCGUUAUUUUUUUCCCUUUCUCUCUUUUUCUCAAGAUCUGUCGCAGUCGGUACCUACUUCCGUCUUUUUUGCCUCAAACUCCAUCUGUGCCCCUUUCUCUCUUUUUUUCAUAUCCAAGUCCCUUUCUACCUUCCUCUCUUUUUCUCAACCUCAGUCUAAGCCCAUGCCUCUCUUCCUCUUUUUCUCAACCUCCAUCUGAGUCCCUGCCUCUCUGUCUCUAUAUUCCUCUCUUUUUCUCAUAUCCAAGUCCUUUCCUACCUUCCUCUCUUUUUCUCAACCUCCAUCUUAGUCCCCGCCUGUCUGUUUUCUUCCUCUCUUUUUCUUUCCCCGCCUGUCUGUUUUCUUCCUCUCUUUUCUUGUAUCCAAGUCCUUUCCUACCUUCCUCUCUUUUCUCAACCUCCAUCUUAGUCCCCGCCUGUCUGUUUUCUUCCUCUCUUUUUCUCGUACCCAAGUCCUUUCCUACCUUCCCUCUUUUUCUCAACCUCCAUCUUAGUCCCCCGCCUGUCUGUUUUUCCUCUCUUUUUCUUGUAUCCAAGUCCUUUCCUACCUUCCUCUUUUUCUCAACCUCCAUCUUAGUCCCCUGCCUGUCUGUUUUCUUCCUCUUUUUUCUCGUAUCCAAGUCCUUUCCUACCUUCCUCUCUUUUCUCAACCUCCAUCUUAGUCCCCGCCUGUCUGUUUUCUUCCUCUCUUUUUCUUGUAUCCAAUCCCCGCCUGUCUGUUUUCUUCCUCUCUUUUUCUUGUAUCCAAGUCCUUUCCUACCUUCCUCUCUUUUUCUCAACCUCCAUCUUAGUCCCCGCCUGUCUGUUUUCUUCCUCUCUUUUUCUCGUAUCCAAGUCCCUUCCUACCUUCCUCUCUUUUUCUCAACCUCCAUCCGAGACCGUGUCUCUCUGUCUCUCUAUUCCUCUCUUUUUCUCGUAUCCAAGUCCCUUCCUACCUUCCUCUCUUUUUCUCAAUCUCCAUCUGAGUCCCUGCCUCUCUGUCUCUCUAUUCCUCUCCUUUUCUCAUAUUCAAGUCACUUCCUGCCCCCCUCUCUUUUUCUCAACCUCUAUUUUAGUUCUUUUCCUCGCUUCACCUUCUUUUCUGAAACACUAUGUCAAUCCUUUUCGCUCUUCGUCUCUUUUUCUCAACCUCUAUCUCACUCCCCUCCACCCGCCACUCCCUUUGUUAAACACUAA